AUGGAGAAGUACAGUGCCUUCCGUGAUCGAGGCUCGGGCAUCGCGCCCUUCUUUCCAAUUCCCACUCAACCUGCAGGAUAUGCGCUCCCAUUUCACGCCUUCCUCUUUGUCUUGCGCGUCUUCUUCUUGGUCCCCAUCACCAUUGCGUACUUCUUGCUUCUCUCAUGGCUUCCCAUUGGUUCCCUUGGCAAGAAGGCGGUACUUUGGUGUAUGCUGGGUGUUCCUGGUAUCUGGUGGAUAGAUCUCGGUGUUGAUGGCGUGAAGAAGGGUUCUCUUGGCCAAAACCAGCAGAAGCUUCCUCAGCCCGGCUCUGUCAUUGCUUCGUCUUACACGUCUCCCAUUGAUGCUCUCUAUCUGGCUGCCAUCUUCGAUCCUGUUUUUACUCGCUCUUUUCCUGGGGAGCGCAAGGUUCAGCGCAUCACUCUUUUCCAGGCUAUGCUGCAAGCUCUGAUGCCACCUGUUCUUUCUCCACCCAAGGACGCCAAACUAGUGCCCAUCUCUGACAUCCUGCGCGACACUCCCGAUCGCUGUGUUGCUGUUUUCCCAGAAUGCACUGCCACCAACGGCCGUGGCAUCCUGCCAUUCUGCCCCAGUCUUCUUACCGUGCCCGUCAAGACCAAGAUCUUCCCCGUCAGUCUACGCUACACUCCCGCAGACAUUACCACUCCUGUCCCUGGCUCUUACCUUUCUUUUCUCUGGAACCUGUGCUCAAAACCUACUCACUGCAUACGUGUCCGUAUUGCCGAGGCCACUUUCAACGAGCCACCUGCCCCUGAGCCACCGCGCAAAAACUCCUACGAAACCAAUCUUCUCGAUGAUUUGCAUUCGCGCACUACUCAGAAUGGGGACAUGAACAAAACGGAGAAGGAAUCGUUGGACAAGAUCGCAGAGUCGCUCGCUCGUCUUGGACGUGUCAAGCGCUUAGGCUUGGGUCCUGCAGACAAGAUUGCCUUCAUCAAGGUUUGGAGCAAGAGAAGAUAA